AUGGCGCGAGAGGGUUGCGUGUUGGCGGCUGUUAUGGAUCCGUACACGCAGCGGGGUCAGCUCCCGAAGCUUCCGCCGCACUACCAGGCGUACGCGGCGGCCGACGGCCCGCUGUGUGCGAUCGUCACGCGCCGGCCACCUUUCGACGUGUUCCCGACACACGUGUCGAGACUGGUGGUCGCGGUGGAAUGCUCGUCGCGCGAAUUCGCGAUUACGGUCGUGGCCGCGUACGCGCCGCCCCACAGGACGAUGGACGACGUCUUUGAACACCUAGCUCACGCCAUUGACAGAAGUCGCACGCCAGACAUUCUGGUCAUGGGUGACUUCAACGCGCACAGCGUCCUGUGGGGCCCUCGCGAGGGAGACGACAGGGGCACUCGGCUGAUAGAGUUUGCGGCGGCUGCGGGACUGGUGGUCCUUAACGACGCGUCCUCGCCCCCGACGUACGUCACCAAAUACGUCGAUAGUUGGAUUGACGUAACCCUCGCGUCGCCGACGCUCGUGCGGCGCGGCUGCAUAUGGCGCGUUUCCGAACAGGAGACGUUCUCGGAGCACCGACGCUUGGAAAUCGCCGUCCACACUGGCGCAUGCGCGACUGGCAGGCGCCUCACCAACUACGGUAGGCGUAAGUGGUUGGAGGCAGUCCGCAACUCGCGAUGGUUCGCGAGCGCGGGAGGCGCGGACAUCGCCUCGCCGGCCGCCCAGGACGCGGUCCUGGCGAAGUUUUACAUCGUUAUCGAUCGCGAGCGCGUCAAGCAACUUCGGCCGGCCCGCGAGCGAAGGGGAGCGGGUGGUAAAUCUUGGUGGACGCCCGAGCUGGACGGCCGACGCAGGGCGGUUAACGCGAUGCGGCGCCGUUUUCAGCGGUGUCGCUGCGACCAGCUGCGGGCCCUUUUUCGCAGCGAGUACAGCCGGGCGCUGGCGGAAUACCGCCGAGACGUGGCGCGCGUUAAGGAGGAGGCAGACAAGGAGGUCUGCAACCAGUGCAGCCGGCGGUCGCUUUUUCAAGCCCCCUUCCGUUUGGCUUUCGGGGCCGCCCGGUCGCAUGUCACGCUGCCUCCGCUGACGAGGUAG